GGAUACGACGUCGUAACUGCAAAAUGAGUUUCUUCAGCACGGAGACUGCUCUCUGAAAAAGUGAUUUGUGGCUGCGCUGCGCGAGCUGCGAAAGACAAGAAUAACAAUGGCGACGGAGCUGGAGGAACUAGUGGGAUUUCUAUCUUCUCCAUCUCCAACAGUGACGAAGGCAGCUGUUGAUAUCGUUCGGGGACUAACCGGGUCUGAAGAUGGCUUGCAGUCUCUUGCCAAUUAUGCAAAGAUUCUGCUGCCUUCAUUGGCUCGCCUCUUAGCUGGAAAGAAGGAGGUCUCAGAACCUGCAGCAGAAGCUCUUGUUAAUCUUUCACAAAAUUCAGGUCUAGCAGCAAAGAUGGUUGAAAUGGGAAUGAUUAACGCAGCUAUGGACAUUUUAUAUAAGCCAGAUUCUAGUAUUGGCCGAUUGUUGGCUAUGCUUUUAGUUAAUCUCACACAGUUGGAUGUUGGUGUUGCUUCUUUACUGCAGACUGGAGAAGAGAAGAUGCAAGGGCUCUAUGUUAUGAAGCUUGUGAGAUCAUUUUGUAGAUCCUCUGAUGAAGCUAGAGAAGAUCCAUUUGAACAUGUUGGUUCCGUACUUGUAAACAUCUCAAAGCAGGAAGCAGGCAGGAAGCUUUUACUGGACCCUAGGCGAGGGCUUUUAAAGCAGAUUAUUAGGCAGUUCGACUCUUCUAGUCCUUUAAGAAGGAAGGGGGUUUCUGGAACUAUUCGCAACUGUUGUUUUGAAGCUGAGAGUCAGCUUCAGAAUUUGCUUUUGAUUUCAGAGUUUCUCUGGCCAGCUCUGCUUCUGCCAGUUGCUGGUAACAAGAUUUAUAGUGAACAGGAUAGAUCUAAAAUGCCACUUGAGCUUGGGAGUGCUCUCUCAAUUGAGCGUGAACCAGUUGAUGAUCCUGAAAUUCGUGUUCAAGCACUGGAGGCAAUAUACUUAAUCUCGUUACAGGAGGCAGGUAUAAGAGCCUUUUGGUCUGUCAAUGGACCGAGAAUAAUACAAGUCGGUUAUGAAGAUGAGGAAGAUCCUAAAGUAAUGGGAGCAUAUGAGCAACUUGGCUCCAUGUUGAUUAAUAGCAGCGGGACGGAGGAACCAACAACAGAGACAUCGAAUUAGCAACACCGAUGUUCAUUCAUUUGAUCAAGCAGAUCUUCCACAAGCAAUUUUCAGCUGGUUUGGAAUGGAGCAUGUGAUUGAGGGAUUGAAAUCUGAAUUGUUGUUAGUCUUGGAGA